AUGUAUCAUCUCAGAGACUACGACGCUCCGCAAGAUCGAAAACGGAUAAAUUCGGGGAAAAACUGCAACGUCUGUGUCAACGGAACGCUCGAAAUGCACUGCGUAAUGUGCGAAAAAGUGUGUGUGUACUGUCCUCAUUGCUCCGGAUACGCCGAGAAGUCCGCAGGAGACAGCUCAAGGAACGGAUCGAAGGGAAAACCGAGGCGCAAACCGAGUACUAGAACAUCGUCUACGCGAUGA